CAAUGGCGCCAAACAUAUGAGUGGUUUGAGAGGUUGAGUGGAAGCGCUGUAACCACACUGUGAUCAUCUCGUCAACUAUCACCUGAUAACCACUAUUAAUAGACAUGUAUUAGCCCACCAUUUACUGUGUAUAACAGGUCCGACAGUUUAGGGACAAUGGAUGCGGUGAUGAAACGCCGGCGACUGUUGUCUCAGUCAAGACAUGCACUCAUUUGGUCCGCUAUUAACGCAUUCUUCGCCGCAAUGCUUGCCAUCGAUUUUAAAUUAUCGAUUAUUGCCGGCAUUUUCGCCACAAAUGUCUUCAUAUUUCUGGUCUAUUCGUUGGAUCUAAUCGUAUGUUUGGUAUUACUUCUGAAUUGUGUAUACAAUCUGUGUCUUUGGCUGUGGAGGAAGUAUUUCAUGACUGACAUGGAGUUGACAUCCAAUCAAAUGAAAGCGUUUGGUGUCAAAGACAAUGAGAUUGGUUUCAAAGAAUGCAAACCAAUCGCUGGUCAGCCAUCGGUCGAACCCUUUAGAGUGGGUUCGCCGACACUUCCCAUCUUCGAGAUGAGCACUGCCUCUGAUUUCGACAAACAUUUGUCUCUCAAUUCGACCCAAUUAUCCGAAGGCCUCAACUGGACUCUGGACUCAUCGAUGGACACGACAUCGCAUUCGUGGCAAUUCCAGAGCCAUUUGUCUCCCAAUGCGAGCCAAGACAUGAGUAACGGAUCCAAAGGCGGAUUCGUUCGACACAGAAGAACUACAAACAAAGCAAAUACCAGCGAAUCGUUUGUGACUAACGAGCGAGAGUUGGAUCACUAUCUGAAAGACUUCGAGCAAAGGGAACAACGAAUGGAAGAGUUGUCUGAAUUGGAUAAACGGCGACAAAACAACAGUUCCACCUCCGGAUGGACACAAACUCUUGCGCCGGCCGUUGACGAGUCCAAUGAAUACGCCUAUCAGUUCGCCAUUGAAUCGCCUCUUCGGCUCAAUAACUCUGAGUUUGAUUCCAUCAACAGCUCUCCCUCUUCUUCCAAAGCUAUGGAUUCGUUGUUAACAAAACUGAAAAUCGAUGAAAUCGUUAUGAAUCAGUGGAUCGAGAAUAUUCGCAAAUGGAUUAGUCUUACGAUUCUGUGCCGAGUUGUCGAACAGAUGGACAAAAUCAAUGACUUACUCGUCAAAAGCGGACAUUUAGAUACAGUCAUCGGUGAAACUAGUGUCCAAACACUCAAACAAAUUAUUGCUCUGAAAAAGCCUCAGUUAUCGAGUUUAGAGAGUUUUCUACCAUUUCUUGAGCUCACAUCUAAUCAACAAUAUUUGGUCCAAAGAAUUAGAGAGUUAUCAAAAGGUGGAUCUAUUAAUAAAUUUCAGUGGAAUUCUGGCGGUACCUAUAAUUUGAAGCCAUGGACCGAUGAAUUGGUCACCGAUUCCGCCAUAAUAAUGCACUUGUUUUGCACGUAUAUGGAUCUACGGUUGCCCUCAAACCCCAACAGCCCUGAUGGGAAAGCCUUCACUAAUUUGUAUUAUAAAACCCUUUCAGGACCCGUGCCUAAGAGUCCGAUCUACAUAUUAGAGGCCAAAGCGAAUGCCCCGCACUUUAAAGUGUACACUAAAGAGGAUGACGUGUGGGAACUGCCCAUCGGUCGCAACAAUUUGUUUCAUUCACUGCUUGUAUUCCUGCACUGCAUUAAGAACGAACAGUUGGGAUAUUUAGGACGCAUCAAUUUGGGCUCAUCUGGAAUCAACAUCUUAUGGUUCAACUUUUCAAAGGAUACAUCAUACCUACUAUUAGGCGGGGAAUGA